AUGUCUAGAAGCUUAAACCAUGGUUAUGGUUUCAACAACCGUAUGAACAUGCGUAGGGAUCCUAUAAUCACCUAUGAUGUUCCUCAAUCCAGCAACAUCCACUUGGUAUUUGAUGAUGAUCGUGUCAUGUUUGAGGAUGAGCGCCCUAUUGUUGGCUACCCGCAUCGUGUUGCCUUUGAGGAACAUCAUGAGCGCCCUGUUGUUGGCUACCCGAACCGUGUUGUCUUUGAGGAACAUCAUGCUAGUCCCGUGCAUAAAAAUCACCGACAUGGCUCAAUAGAGCCACGCAAGCAAGUCCACUUUGUUGAGCAUGAUGAGAGGGUUAUUGAAUCGGUUGAUAACUUUGGAAAUCAAAAAGUUUAUAAGGAAAGUGUUGAUAGUGAAGCUGACGGGUUCAUCACACGAAAGCAUAAGAACUUUGAGUUGAACAAGUUUGGAACAUUUAAUUAUUUAUAUUAA